ACCCGACCCACCCGCCGAUGGCGGCCCACUUGCAACAAUAAUGCCCCCCACCGUGCCGGUCGACUCGCCCGACCCGCCGCUGUCGUCGCCACCGAGUAGCGUGCACGCCGAAGCGGGGAGCGCGUCGCCCUUGUCGUCGCGCGCGCCGCUCGAGUCGCCGGGCACCGCGCGGACAUUCUUCACUCUCGUGCGCCCGGGUGUCGUGCGCGCCGGGUCGCGCGGCGCACCCCUGCUCUCCCCGCGCCUCGCUGAGCCCGAGCUCGGGCCGCUACGCCUCAUCCCCAACACGAAUGACGAGGCCGCCGCGCCGCGCCGACCGAAAAUCCGCCCUGCACAACCGCGCCCAGACGCAGACGACGACGAGACGAGCGCAGAGAGCCUCGUGCCCCGCUUCGAGCGCUCGCUGUCCACCACGCCGGCGUCGGCCGAGUCGGACGGCGUCACCCUCUCGUCGGCCUCGAGCAUCGAGGUCAACAACCUCUCGUCGCUCAGCUCGGCGUCCGAGUCGGCCGGGCGCGUGUCGGCGUCAGAAUCAGACUCGCACCAGUCGUCGUUUGACAAGGGUGCCGAGAUUAAACUGCUCCAGCCGCAGCCGAUCGUCGUGGAAAGUACCCUCCAGCGAACGGAUUCCAGCGACGAGCUGUCGGAUAAUGACAAUGACGCGCGCUCAAGAGGCUCGGGGUCGAGGGGAUCCGGUUCAAAGGGGUCAGGUUCGAAGGGAUCGACGUCCAAGGCCUCGGGGUCGCGCGGGUCGGGGUCACGCGGCGCCGGAGGGGUGCGCGGGUCGCCAGAGACCGCUCACACCCGGCCGCGCUUCGUGUCCGCCCAUGCGCUGUCGCGUGCGGCGCAUGUAGCGCACACGCACGCGCACGCCGCACACUCGGGCGCAACGUCGGCGAGCCUGACCCCACGGCCACCGCAGCACUCGCCACAGCCGGUGCUCACAGCCCCGGGUCGCGAUGGUGGCGGCGUCGGCGGCGUCGGCGGUGGUGGUGGUGGAACGGGGCGUACCGCGUCCCCUGGCGGCUCGUCGGGCUCGGGUGACUCGUCGGAGAAGCUCGACCAGGUCGCGCCGCUCCCCCGCGAUACCCUCGCGGGACAGUAUGCCGUCGUGGCAGUCCCGCCGUUCAACCGCAACCGUGCGCCAACACGCCUCGGCGCCGAUGCGGAUUUCAACGACACUGCGUCGUGUGUGUGCUCGACGCGCUCAGAGCCGCCUUGGAACACGUGCUCGUGUGCUGUUGGCUCGCGAGACGCGCAAGCUAACUCUCGGAGCGUGCGUCCACGCGAGAGGAGGACUAUACAUUUCGACUAUGGCGUCGGCGCGUCGGCGCGCGCACCAGACGCAGGCGCUGCCCACGCCGCCAACUCGCGCACAAACUACGGGAUUCUUCUCGGCGGCGGGCCCCUGGCGACCACUACUGUUUCGGAGCCUGCCGCCCCGACGUGGAUGCAGCGCUCUGGGCCGAGGGUCAAGAACAAUGGGUCGUUGGCGCCACAUGGGUCAUUUACUACGCGGAAGCGCUUCAGCCGGGUUUCCUCUGGCACGUCGGAGACGCAGACCCCCCCAGACUCGGUGUACGCACCAUCUUCGUUACGACACAGGUCGGACGUUGAGGCAGCCACGUCGAAACCAAGCCGGCCGUCCGACAGCAUGGCCACGAUCAACUUGCAGGCUGGUGCCCCGCCGCCCAGCAACACGGAGAUGAAUGCGCUGCGCAACGCCGCGGCACAUGGUGACCAGCUCGCAGCGUACCAUCUGGGAUAUAGGCGGGACCAGUCCGGAGACCAGCGGGGAGAGCGCAACUACGAUCGUGCCCAUGACGAGGCGAACGUCGGCGCGUUAUUCGUCCCGCUACCGUCUCCAUCACGGCGCAUCUCGGCGCGACCAGGCAUCACUCGCGGAGAUUCAUAUGCGUCCAACCAGACGCGGUCCAGCCACACGAGCAGCGAUGUACCGCGCGGGUCAUCCUCUUCGCUGUCGCCCCCAGCCCGACCGGCGCUGUUGCGGGGCGAGUCGUCCUCCGACCUGUUCAAGGACGUGGCGACGCUCGCGCUCAGCCCGAGCACACGGACGCGGCGCCUGUCGUCGCGAGAAGGAAGCGAGGACGGGCGGGGAACGUCGCCCGCUCGCUCACACGCCGUCGCUGGCGUCCCUGCGUCCUGGCAGUCGUUCCAGUCCCAGCGCCGCAAGGCGAGCACUGGGCCGCCGGAAUACGCCGGCAGCUCGGUGUCGAGCAACAAGUCGUCGAAGUCGGGCUCUGGGACCUCGCGCCGCGCAUCAGCAACGAGCAAUGGAUCGGCCGGUAAACCCUUGCGGCCACCAAUGAAGCGCGCGUAGGAGUAGAGCUAGUAAUGCCACCAAGCGGGCAUCUGCCACAUGUUGUCCCAUCUCACGCCUCGCGCUCUUUGGAUUCCCUAUUUAAAUUUAAAUCACGUAGUAGUAUCUCGGGUGACGGUCCGUAUCUGUAGCUCUAGCCUUGUGGUAUGUUGGAUCUGAUGCAUG